GGGCAACAGAUAACAUCCUAGCAAUGGCCAGGCCAUCAACAAGAACGAUAAAUAAAUUUAAUGUUAUACAACAGUUUCAAAGGUAGAAUGCUUCGAUAAUACCUCGUUUACUGAUUUAGUUUUAAGCCAGUGAAUGGCUAUUGAUAGUGAAGUGAAGCAAAGUGAAGACUAUAUUGAUAUUACAAAAAGGUUCAUCAUUUGGUUCUCAUGGCGCUCAGAUUAGCAGAGAUUAACCAUCAGAACAUGGCGCUCAUGUAUGGAAGAUUUCUCCAACGCUGUUAUUUUAGAAUAUAAUUUUUGCUUUAUUUAGAUGGGGCAUAACUGCAGUUAUCAAUUUACAGCAUCCAGGUGAACAUGCAAACUGUGGUUUUGGCUUGGAGAACAGUGGUUUUACAUACAAUCCUGAGGCAUUUAUGGAUAAUGGAAGUAUGUUUACCUACCAUGCAGCCUGUUACCUAGGCGCUUAAUUGUAAAGUCCAGCUGAUCGCGCGCGUAUGUGGUUGGGAUGGUUGCGAGGACGCACACCUUGCCAACUGCAGAUUUAGGUACGAAGGUGUUUAAUUUCCUUCAGUAUCCACUAAAAAUAACACCUUCGAAUGCUUCGAGCUGAUGGAAUAUAAGUAGAUGACCCCCCAUAUACCGUAACAAAGGGAUGCCGCCGCGCGCUGAUUGGCCGAGCCUAACAAGCGUGUCUCAGAGUGUGACUAAUGCGUGACUCACGCAUUGCAAAGGGAGUAAAAUAUGAUAAUAUGGGCAAAUUAGCUGUUCCUAUAAAUCAUAGCGAAACCGCGUUUGUUUACAUAAACACACAGAUAUCUAGUAUUUCGUUUCAAACGUAUACACACAUUUCUAAGGUAAUAUCGUGACAAUAAUUUUAAUCUUUGCUUGGGCUCAUCGGCAUGUGGGAUUUCUCUUUCCCCUAGAAAACCUUUGACAUAAAUGCAUUUGCAGAAGAUUUACAAAAAAAUACCAUGGGAACUGUUGAACAGAUUUUAUGAUCCUAAUGAAAUGUGGCGAAUGUGGAAGGCUUUUUUUAAUAGAGUUUUGGAUGUUCAUGCACCAAUUAGAACUAAACGAGUUAGAAAUCGUGAUGCCCCGUGGAUUACAUCCGAUAUUAGAGACUUGAUGUUUCGUAGGGAUUAUCUAAAAAAGCAUGCUGUCAAAAAUCGUUCUCAAGCAAACUGGAUUGAAUACUGUAAACGGAGGAACAAGGUUAAUAAUAAGCUAAAAACAUGCAAAAGAAAUUACUUUGUUCAAAACCUUGAGGCGAAUAAAGGCAAACCAAGAAAACGUGGAAAUUGCUAAAUAACGUUUGAAUAGACCUACCAAAGGGACUACUGUAAAUAAUGUCACGGAGCAUAUAGAAUGUCACGGAGUCACCUUCUCCUUUUCUCCUCCUCUUCUCCUUUUCUCCUCCUCUUCUCCUUUUCUCUUCCUCUUCUCUUUCUCCUCGUCCUCUUUCUCCCCAUUGGAGGUGUUUGGGGGUAUUAAGAUGUUUGGGGGUACCGCAAUGGGGUGUUUUGGGGAUAACCUAAUGGGGUGUUUGGGGGUACACCAAUGGGAUGUUAGCGGUACGGGGUGAAGAGGAGGAAGAAGGUUACACCGUGGGGGGAUCAUCUACCAAAAUACUUGUACAGUACGUACAGUUAAGAAACUAUAACGAUGUGAAAAAUAGGGAAAACGUUUCAUUUGUUGUAAAUUAAAUUAAAUUACACUUAUUUCUUAUUGUUUAGUAUUUUUCUAUAACUUUAUUUGGUAAGUCAGACCAUAUCAUGGAC